AUGGCCAGAGCAAGCUUCUUGGAAUUAGCCAGAGUCCUCAUCCUCUCAGGGGCUUUCAUAAAGGUCGCUGCGCAACAAGCCCAGACAUCACUGUUCAUCCCAGGAUUUGAUCCCCAGCCUCUGAGUGCGGAUGCUAUAGGGGUUGAUGGGGAAGGGCGUACAACGUGGGCUUUGCAGGCAGGACAGGCCACGGAUCCCGCAGACAUAGGGAUUCCCCCCUCAGCAACGAUCACUUAUGUUGCUGGCCCCUCGAACGUCGGGUACACGAUGGUGUUUACUGGAGAUAGUGGGUCGCCCAUCACUGUGGCCUACGACUGCAGCCUGAGCGGAGAUCAGGCCGUGUGCUCAGCUGAGGCUGGCGGAGAGACGGCGACGGCGACGCUGACCCAGGACCCGUUCCUGGUUCAAGUUGGAACGACGCUAGCCGCAAAUGCGCCAACUUCUACGCCAGUCGCUGGUAGCAGCAGACCUGGAGGCUCAUCGGGCAGCGGUAGUGUCUCUCCGACAUCAAUUGGUUCCCCCGCCCCUGCGACGCAGAGUAACGGCAGCAGGCAAACUGGGGUGGGCGUGGCAGGAUUAUCGGCCAUCCUUGUUUCGAUGGUAGCCUUUUGGUAG